CUGGUCUUGAGGGUGACAACGCUCACUGUGCUGUAUCUCCAGGAUCCUGCAUUCACUAUAUUUGGUCUCCCUGGGCCCUGCAUUCACUAUAUCUGGUCUCCCCGGGCCCUGCAUUCACUAUAUCUGGCCUCCCCGGACCCUGCAUUCACUGUAUCCGGUCUCCCCGGACCCUGCAUUCACUGUAUCCGGUCUCCCCGGACCCUGCAUUCACUGUAUCCGGUCUCCCCGGACCCUGCAUUCACUGUAUCCGGUCUCCCCGGACCCUGCAUUCACUGUAUCCGGUCUCCCCAGACCCUGCAUUCACUGUAUCCGGUCUCCCGGGACCCUGCAUUCACUAUACCUGGCCUCCCCGGACCCUGCAUUCACUAUACCUGGCCUCCCCGGACCCUGCAUUCACUAUAUCUGGUCUCCCAGCAUCCUGCAUUCACUAUAUCUGGUCUCCCCGGACCCUGCAUUCACUAUAUCCGGUCUCCCCGGACCCUGAAUUCACUAUACCUGGCCUCC